AUGGGACUAGCCUGUUUGCUGUUUGGCUACCACACGGAAACCUGUCCUCAGGAAACUCCACAUACGCUCCCUGUUGGAAUAAUCGGAGAUGCUGGCACAGCAGUCGGAGCACGUCUGAAAGGACAUUUCAAGAUGGGAGGUCGAUCAUUGUGUUGGCUUCAUUGUCGCUACGGUCCAACGCUUAUUCUGGACGAGAACAAGUCAUCCUGCCUUUGUAUCUUUUGCUUUGAGGUUGUCAAGUUGGCCCAAGGCAUGCGUCCGAGCUGGUCAGAUGGCAAGAUGCGGAUGAAUAGUCUCCAAGGUGCUACCGUAUGCGUAAACCGUUCAUUCAUAUCACAUGUUGCGGGAUACACCGUCAGAGGACGAGAUACUCAAGCUUCCGCGGCCAUUGGUCUCGCUGCCACAGCAAUCCUGUUGGACUCGGACCGCGCCCCACUUCCCCUUUUCCAGCGAUCGACUCUCCCAUCGUCAGUUCAGCAAGCAUUGAGUGAGCCAUAA